GAUGCUCCUGCGACCCCCCACCUCCACCCCAGCUCCGCGAUGCUCUCGUCCCAAGUUCACCUGAGCAGCAGAGAUUGGGAAAGGGAUGCAUGGAGAGAUGGGAAGGAAAGCCAGUCCUGGAGGGGACCCGGUCAGGAGAAGGACGAUCCCCUGCGGGGAAGGGGAAGAGCACAUGUGGACCGAACGUGGGCCUGGAGGCCCAUCCCUGACCACUAUGGAGUUGCCGCUGAACCAAGCUACCCUCCGGCACACGCUGCUGCUCCUGCCAGCCCUCUUAAGUUCAGGUCAAGGGGAGCUGGCACCACAAAUUGACGGUCAGACCUGGGCUGAGAGAGCACUUCGGGAGAAUGAGCGCCAUGCCUUCACCUGUCGAGUGGCAGGGGGACCUGCCACUCCCCGAUUAGCCUGGUACCUGGAUGGACAGCUACAGGAGGCCACCACCUCUAGACUCCUGAGUGUGGGCGGGGAGGCCUUCUCUGGAGGCACCAGCACUUUCACUGUCACUGCCCAGCGUGCCCAGCAUGAGCUUAAUUGCUCCCUGCAGGACCCAGGGAGUGGCCAGCCAGCCAAUGCCUCUGUCAUUCUCAAUGUGCAGUUUAAGCCAGAGAUUGCCCAGGUCGGGGGCAAGUAUCAGGAAGCUCAGGGCCCAGGCCUUCUGGUAGUCCUGUUUGCCCUGGUGCGGGCCAACCCACCUGCCAAUGUCACCUGGAUUGACCAGGAUGGGCCAGUGACUGUCAAUGCCUCUGACUUCCUGGUGCUGGACGCUCAGAACUAUCCCUGGCUCACCAACCACACAGUGCAGCUGCAGCUCCGCAGCCUGGCUCACAACCUCUCAGUGGUGGCCACCAAUGAUGUGGGUGUUACCAGUGCCUCUCUUCCGGCUCCAGGGCUCCUGGCCACCCGAGUAGAAGUGCCACUGCUGGGCAUCGUUGUGGCUGGAGGGCUUGCCUUGGGCACUCUCGUGGGGUUCAGUGCCUUGGUGGCCUGUCUAGUCUGCAGGAAAGAGAAGAAAACUAAAGGCCCCUCCCGGCGCCCAUCUCUGAUAUCUAGUGACUCCAAUAACCUGAAACUGAAUAAUGUACGCCUGCCACGGGAGAACAUGUCCCUCCCAUCCAACCUUCAGCUCAAUGACCUCACCCCGGAUCUCAGAGGGAAAGCAACAGAGCGGCCAAUGGCUCAGCACAGCAGCCAUCCAGAGCUUCUAGAAGCUGAGCCUGGUGGCCUUCUCACCAGCAGAGGUACCGAGCCCCGCUGUCCUCCCUACCUCCUUCUCACCAGCAGAGGUACCGAGCCCCGCUGUCCUCCCUACCUCCUUCUCACCAGCAGAGGUACCGAGCCCCGCUGUCCUCCCUACCUCCUUCUCACCAGCAGAGGUACCGAGCCCCGCUGUCCUCCCUACCUCCUUCUCACCAGCAGAGGUACCGAGCCCCGCUGUCCUCCCUACCUCCUUCUCACCAGCAGAGGUACCGAGCCCCGCUGUCCUCCCUACCUCCUUCUCACCAGCAGAGGCUUUAUCCGCCUCCCGAUGUUGGGCUACAUUUACCGAGUGUCGAGUGUCAGCAGUGAUGAGAUCUGGCUCUGAGGGUGCGGGUGAGGCAUGAGGCCCAGGUGGCUUGUGGACUCCCCAGGGCACCCCACCCCGUGUCUCCUUCAAGCCUUCCUCUGCCUGGCCGUGUUGUGAAGACAUGCCACUGCCACAUGGCCCUCCUGGUAGAGGUGUCCUGUGGGUCCUGCAUGAUGUAUUUCAUUGCACUCUACCUGAAAGGCAUGGUCUAGCCUUGGCAAGACCAUUGGUCAGAACUGGGCCCCUUGUACUCAACUCAGUUGGUUCCAGGUAGAUGGAACUCUGGCCCGUUUGUCCAGGUGUCACCCCACAUGUAGGAGAUGGGCCUACUAUAUGCUCUGCACUAGUAUUCCCUGCACCCCAUACAGUAGGCAGAGGGAUGCCUAUGUGGGGGACAGGAGGGUCCCUGCAGAGCUCAGAUGUCCUUCCUAUGCUAUGCAGCUUUGUCCCCUCAGGGAAAACAGCCCCCUGCUAGCUGUAUAGAACCAAACUGCCUUUUGCUCAGGAGCCAGCCCCUUGCCCAGGGGCAUGGCCAAGCACAAAUUAGUCCCUUUUGCUGCACAUCUCUCUGCCCUUUUGUCCCCACCUCCUCCUGUGCAUCUGAAGUCAUACAUUAGACGUGACCUCCAUGGCUGGAGCCCCCAGGUGCCAGCCUCUGUGUUAGCACAAGAUGAGCAGGAAGAGGUGACUCUGGCCCAGGAUGGCAUGUAGCUAUGCAUUGUUUUGUACAAGCACAUUCCCCAGGGAAAGGAGGGCCCAGGGCCUUCUUAGUUUGGCCUUCAAGACUCACUGAGUGUUCUGAGCACUCAGGAUUGAUGGGUUCCCUCUCUGCAUGAUUCUUCCUCCAUCCAACAACAUCCCCAACUGGUCCCUGGCUGCCCCAUCCUCUUUAGGGGAUGGUCACAGUGGACAUGUAAGUCAACAGUACCAGAUUUAGGGGGACACAGAGAAAGCAGGAACCCACAUAACCCCAAAGAGCUGAGAAUGCUUUUAAAAAGCAACCUGUAAGUGACUGGAGAACAGAGUAUAUUUUCCCUUCUUGGUAUCUUGUUUUGUAAUUUUUCUUGUUACUGGUUAGUGCUGCACACACAGUAAACUACCUUGACUGAA